AUGGCACAUGCAUUCCAGAAGGCAGGCUACGUGUUGGAGAAGUACAGCACGCUCUCCAGCAGGGAAGUUCGCGCCUUUCGCAUCGCUGGCCUUGUGGGCUGCGUGUCGAUGAUUCCUAUGGCCUGGGUCUCUAUGAACAUGAAUCGGGCGAUCCACCUGCUGUUUGCGGGACUCAUGAUGGGCUCCUGGCUCAUAGCCUUUGCCCUGCGGUGUAAGUCAGGCUCUGCACCUUAUCAGAGACUCGCUACGGUCACCUGCAUCUCAGCGCUGGUGCUGCUGCUUAUCUGGUUUGGUGCAAUGGCAAUGCGCAAAAAGAACUUCUCGUGGGCUGAAUGGCUGGCAUUCUUCUGCUUCUUGCUGCACACCUUCAGCUUCCCAGUACCUGCCAUGAGGGGCUCCAUGUUCCGGCGAAACUCAGAUGUGGAGCUGCAAUCUGAACCUGCUUGGCCUCCAGGAGGCAUAGCGGCCAACUCACCGCCGGUACCUUCGCUCAGCUGA